AUGUCGCUGGAUCGCAAUCGACAAUCCCUGCGAGCGGAACUCUCAACUCAGGCCUGUGAUAUAUGUCGAAAGCGCAAGGUAAAAUGCCGAUCUUCCCAGGCCGCGGGGAAAUGCGGGAGAUGCGUGAGACUGGGCCUGCAAUGCACGUUUCUCUCGCCUUCAAAAGCCCGAGGACCCAAGAAAAGGAUUCGCCCCAAUGCUUUUCCAGAAGGUCAUGCUUCUAAUGUAGUGGUAGCCGGCGAACUGGAUUGUGCUUCUGUUACAACCAGUCCUUCUUAUUCCAAGUACCCGACUGACCAUAUUUGUGACCGGGGUCUGUUCAAAACAAUGUUGGAGGACUACCUGGAUGAACUAUACCCUUUGAUUCCCAUAGUGCACCAUCCUUCCUUUCGACAAAGUCUUCAAGAGGACCGCGACUGUGAAGACAGGGGAUUUCUAAGCCUUAUUAUUGGCAUUGCUGCCGUGGUUGUAGCUACAAUGCCCAGCAAAUACGAAUCGUACCGAUCUCACAGCCCCCCUCUGAGAUUCGAGUCGCGUAGGGAAAUGGUACGUUACUGCCAUGACACCAUAUUUGGAUUGAGAACGUCCACCUACUUUGACGAAGUGAACUUUCAGAAAUUCGCAACCUCAUAUCUGUUCUACGCUGCCUUUCUGCAGCUGGGUGACCACAACCGGGCGCGAAUGUCAGACAUUGAGACGAUGCAGAUUGCUCGGUUGUUGAAUCUGCAUCGUAUUUCCGAAUAUAAAGACUUGAAUUGCAUCGAAACCCAACUCCGAAAGAAGGGGUUCUGGCUGGUCUUCUACAGCUUUGUUCAUAUGCAGCUGCAGAGUAUGUUUGGAGAGCGGUUGUCAUACCUAGACCCGGUCAUUCUACAAUCCAUAGAUCCAGAAGAUUUGAUGCCUUUGGAGGUGGAUGAUGAAUUCAUUUCCGAGACUGAGGUAUUAAUGCCGGCAUCGCCCACACCGUGUAUGGUCACUGGUUUCAUUCUCCACUCGCGUGUCUUUUGGGCUGCGCUGAGAAGUCCAUGUUCAACUAAGAUUGUUGAAGAACCAUGCCCUUGUGUGCGUGCUCAUGAUGCAACCCUGCAAAUAUCAUACCUUCAAAAUCGUGUACACAAUCUUAAAUACCUGCUGAAUGAUAUCCCGCCUGUCCUCCGACCAUGGGGAACGCUGGACGAGCGUGCUCUGGAUCACGAUAGUGCAAGCGCCAGCGAUGCAGCGAAACGAAGCUCCAAUUUUGAAUCAAUGCGGGCCAACUUACACGUCACUCACCUGUGGCUACAAAGUCUUCUUAUUGACCAACUGGAGGCAGCCCAGGCCCGUCAACAAGGACUUCAGUCGGCAUCCAGUCCACACGAGAUUGUCCCCGACCGAAGAAUACUAUGGCUAGACCGGGAGGAGCUUUGUCGCCAGCUCUUCUUUGUGCUGCACAGCCUCCCACCGAAAAACCUAGAAGCCAAUGGUUUGCACCUGACCUACAAAGUGCGGGACAUUGCAUCGGGGCUUCUGGAAUGCCCAUUUCACCCCAAUGACCCGGAAGCGAAACGAGCUGCGGAGUAUGUCCAGCACUCGUCGGAUUUACUGUCCCGUUUGGAUCGGAGUGAAAGUGUGAACGCGAUGCACUUACAGUCUUGGGUUGAUACAGAUCGUCUUCCAAAAUGA